AUGGUCUGCGGCAAGUGUCUGAAGCUCACCAAGAGCACAAAGCUCGCGACUCCGGAGGUCAAGAAGAAGAGCGAAAUGUACUACGGCUCGCCGGCCAGCGCAAAGGCAGGCAGCAGCUCCAAGUCCGCCACUCUGGGCAACACCGGAGUGUCAAAGAGUAAGCUGCUGUCGAAAGCAGCAAAGAACCCAUACGCACAGUACUCAAGUUCGUGUUCAAAAUGCAAAACCAAAAUCACACAAGGCCAUUCGUAUUGCCAAAAGUGUGCCUACCAGACUGACUCAUGUCCCAUGUGUGGAAAGCCAAACAAAAAGUCCACUUCCAAGGCCCCAACCGUCGAUGCUUACAAAAAUACCUUGAAGUAA